CUCCUGUGUUCCUCCAGCGUCUGGAUACAUGGCCAGCACUGGCUGGGGCCUCAGGGUCCUGGGGAGCUUGGUGCUACUGAUUCUGUGCAGUUGGACAGGGUCCAGGGCAGCCGCCCCUAACCCAAUUCGAAGCCUGUCUUUGGAGGGUCAGACCAACAGCUCUGUCACCCUGAGCUGGGAGGCCCCCAGUGGCCCCGAGCUUCAGGACUAUACAUACUGGGUGCAGUGCACCGGAGACAGUGACAAGAAUGAGAGCCGACACACGACAAGCACCAGUGUCACGGCUGAGGCCCUGGAACCUGGAACCUUGUACCAGUUCUCCGUGUGGGCAGAAAAGAAUGGAGUACCCAGCUCCAGGCAGAAUCUCAGGAUCGCCACAGUCCCUAAUGCUGUGGCAAGUCUCGGAAAACAGGAUCAGACCAACAACUCCAUCACCUUGAGCUGGACAGCUCCUGUGGGCCCCCCUCAUCCCCCGUACACCUACUGCGUCUCCUGGGUCAAGACGGGCAGUACUGCUGCGUCCCGCAACACCUCCGAUACCAGAAUCACACUGACCGCGCUGGAAGCUGGGAGCCUGUACAACGUCACCGUCUGGGCUGAGAGGAAUGAAGUCAGAGGUUAUGCCAGUACCCUCAUGGAGGCCACUGCUUCCAAUGAGGUCCUACAUCUGAAGAAUGCAAGUCAGACCAGCAACUCAGAGACCCUGAGGUGGCAGGCCCCCGCAGAGCCUCCCUCUGGGCUCUACACAUACUGGGUGCAGUGGGCUUGGGAGGAGCAUCCCGAGGGAGCAGGAUCCCGCCCGAGACUAGACCAAAUCGAUGGGCAGGACAAUGAGACUUGGUAUGAGGGGGCAGCCCUCAAGCCUGGUAUUCUGUUCAACUUCAGUGCGUAGGAGAGGGAGAAUAUACCAGCUCCACACACAGCCUSUGGGCACACAGCCCCAGACCCUGUCACCAUCACCUCCUGCGUCAGCACCUCUGGGGGGUAUGGGGUCAUCCUGACCUGGUCCUGCCCCUCCGGGGGCUAUGAGGCCUUUGAAUGGGAGGUGGGCGGGCAGCGUGGCUCCCAGGAUGGAUCUUCAUGUGGCAAGGACGUGUCUGUGCUCGGUCUUGGGCCGGCUCAGUCCUACCGGGCCACCGUCACAACUAUCUCAAAUGGAAUGAGGGCAUCGUCUGUCCCCAAGACCUGCAGCACCGAGAGUGCAGGGGUCAUUGCUGGAGCCAUUGUGGGUGUCCUCCUGUUUCUCAUCCUGGUGGGCCUGCUGAUCUUCUUCCUGAAGAAGAGGAAUAAGAAGCACCAGGAGAAGGCAGUGCCCAGGGAUCUGGUGUUCGGAUUUCCAGAGGAUAUCCUGGCUCAAGACUUUGCUGAUCAUGUUAGGAGAAACGAGAAGGACAGCAACUGUGGGUUUGCAGAGGAGUACCAGCAACUGGCCCUGGAAGGUCAUGGCCAGUCUCAGAUGGUGGCUUUAGCUCCUGAGAACAAGGCCAAGAACCGCUACAGAAAUGUGCUGCCCUAUGACUGGUCCCGGGUGCCCCUGGAACUCCUCCAUGAAGAACCAGGCUCUGACUACAUCAAUGCCAGCUUCAUGCCUGGACUCUGGAGCCCCAGGGAGUUCAUUGCAGCCCAGGGCCCUCUGCCCCAAACUGUGGGCGACUUCUGGCGCAUGGUGUGGGAACAACAGAGCCACACCCUGGUCAUGCUGACCAACUGCAUGGAGUCUGGCCGGGUGAAGUGCGAGCAUUACUGGCCUCUGGAUGCUCAACCCUGUACUCAUGGGGACCUGCAGGUGGCUCUGGUGGGUGAGGAGGUGAUGGAGAACUGGACGGUCAGGGAUCUGCAGCUCCUGCAUUUGGAAGAGCGGAAGACUCUCUCUGUGCGCCAGUUCCACUACCUGGCCUGGCCAGACCACGGUGUCCCCCAACCAGACCCCUUGCUGGCUUUCUGGAAGGUGCUCCGGCAGUGGCUGGACCAGACCUCAGAGGGAGGCCCCCCCAUUGUGCACUGCAGCGCUGGCGUGGGUCGCACAGGCACCCUCAUCGCCCUUGAUGUCCUGCUUCGGCAGUUGGAGUGCGAGGGUCUCGUGGGGCCCUUCAGCUUCGUGAGGAAGAUGAGAGAGAGCCGGCCAUUGAUGGUGCAGACCGAGGCCCAGUACGUAUUCCUGCACCAGUGCAUCCUGCGGUUCCUCCAGCAGUCGGCCUCAGCCCCGGCCCAGCCGGAGGCCACCUACGAGAACGUGGCCAGUCUCACCUAUGAGAACGUGGCUGCCAUCCAGGCCCAGGAGCUGGAGGUUUAA